CUUGUCAACCGCCACAAAAUCGUACAAGAAGAAGAGGAAGAAUAUUGACGAAUGUGCUCUUGUUUAACGCCCGUGUGAUUGAUACAACACGCUUUCAACAUGGCCGCGCCCGCGAAGAGCACGGACGCCUCAGUCUCAGUGACUGCGGGUCAGCUGGCAACUGUUUCAGCAGCGGAAAACGUUCCACUACAGUAUAGUCUUAUUCUGGAUCACCUUAUGGGUGACAAAAGGCCAAUCAAAGACUUGAAUCCGACUGUCAUGGGUGCUUUACCGAGUCCUCAGAAAACAGAGGAGCAGAAGAUGAUCGAGAGGGGAAUGGAGAGCUGCGCGUUUAAAUCACUAAUAGCAUGUGUCGGAGGGUUUGUGUUGGGAGGUGCUUUUGGUGUCUUCACAGCAGGUAUUGACUCCAACGUUGGGCUUGAUCCCAAAGACCCCCUAAGGACCCCCACAGCAAGAGAGGUGCUGAGAGACAUGGGACAGAGAGGAAUGUCAUAUGCUAAAAACUUUGCUAUUGUGGGUGCUAUGUUUUCAUGCACGGAGUGUCUCAUAGAAUCACAUCGUGGGAAAUCUGACUGGAAAAAUGCAGUGUAUAGUGGCUGUGUUACAGGAGGAGCCAUUGGAUUCAGAGCUGGUCUUAAAGCUGGACUUCUGGGCUGUGGAGGUUUUGCUGCUUUCUCUGCUGCUAUUGAAUACUAUCUCCGAUGAACACCAGCUUCUGGACUGUUACCGUGUACUGUUGUGAGUUCCUCACAGUAUAAUGUUAAGACAUUAUCACGGGGGACACUGUGCAAUCUUCUUCUAUCCCAGCAAUCAAGAGGCGUUCCAUCCUUUCGGAAGAGAUUCGGUUGUGGACCAAUAGGACACCAAACUCAAGCAGAAGUUUUGUAUAAGUUUUGUUUAUUCUGAGGGGUGUCUUGAUCAUUCGGUCUCAGACCACCUGAUGAUGCACAUCACCUAAAAACCUCCUAGGACAAUAUUUGUACAUAAUUGUGCCUAAAAUGUCAUGCUUUGUGCUGGUUGAUGCACUGAGCUAAAUGAGAUCAAAUGUGUAGUAGUACACCUUGUCUGUGGAAAAAAUAAUAAAGAGUGGUAUUAAGUAUUUACUGAAGAUCGGGGUGUAAUGGGGCAUAAAAUCUUCAUAUUUGCUCACAUUUGUCACCUUUAUUAUGUUAUGUACCAUAGUAGUGUUCCAAUGAAAUAUUGACACACACACUGCUCAGUUUAAAAGAAUUCACUAAAUCAGAUUUAUUUUCUUCCAAAGUAGUGUUUGGAUUUACAAGUUUCCAGAAAUUAAGCUCAAUCAAUGUUUAUAUUAGUUUCACUCUGAAGCCCCUUUCAAAAAAGGAGAGUUCUUGAAAUGUCAUUCUACAAACAAACAAACAGAAACCUAAAUAUAUGAAAUCUGAUACAUUAUAUGUGUGAAAAUCCAAAUGUUAUCAAAAAUAAGAGGCAGGGAGUGCUAAAGGUUGUGCAUUAGGAAAUCUGAAUGGAUUCAUGCUUCGAGGUCAAGCUGACAUGGCAAGGAAGUGCGUUUUCCUCACCAGGAAACAGAUAAUGCAAACAUGCUUUCUGGCUACUUCCCAGUUCUCUGAAAAGGCUCCUUUCCCACUGGCCUCUAAACAAGAGUUAAUAUGCUGAAUUAAGUUUGGAGAUGCAACCAAGUAAUGUGUUGGAAGAUACGUGUACAUUUUGUUAAAGCUUUUUUGGACCAUGCAAAAAUCUAGAUGAGUAACAGAUUUAAACUGACCUAAGAUUAAGCCUACAUUGUCCAAUUGUGUCUGUUUUAUGAGGAAAGGAUGCCGUUCAGAAAACUGGGUAACAUUACAGACCUUUAGAUUUCCUUUAAAUUAGUUUCAAGAUCGCAAAUAUAAAGACAACACAGCAAGCAUACAGAAAACGAUUUUAAGACUUAGAAGCAUGUUUAAAGGACAAUGUUAGCUGUAACAAUUUAUUCAAAUUAUACACUGAAAUCAAACCUACUAGCAUAAAGAAUUAAUGUGUACAUUACACUGUGAUACAAAGGUUUAUCUUAGUUUUGUGUAAUGUAUUUGAACAUUUAAAAACAAAAAAAGUGAGCAGAGAUGGCCACAACCUAAAACACCACCUGCCCAGGGCUGCUGUGCACUGAGCUUGUAUCAAUAUCACUCACAACUUUAAUACAAGGCACUGUAUUUACGAUAAUCCAGACAACGCAUGAUUUGGGGGUAAAAACAAAACUUUUAUAGAUAUAUUUAUUAUAGCUUAAUUUUCUAUCCUCAGACUUUUCUGCAUAUAUCUGCCUUCAUCCAUUCCUGUUACAACCAUCACUAUAAAGCUCCAAACAAAGCAUCCAUCAAACCAGCCUAGUCUAGUUUUGAUAUGUAUUAAAAAUCAGAGCAGCUGAUAACAAUCCUGAACACCUACGUCUCUUAUUCCUCCACUUCAGUCCUUCUCACAAAACAUGCCCAAGUCAUAUAUUUAAGAAAAUCUAUUUCAUGACCAUUAAGCCUUAUUUUAUUUUAUUUUUAUGACAAUUAAACAUUUUUUCCAUCACCACUGAAAAAAAAACUCGUGCUUUCUUAAAGCUGACUUUAGAAAGAAAAUUGGCUUGAUGAUAUUUAUUUUUAUUUACUUUGUUACAGAUGUUGGGGUGAAAUAAGAUCUGGACAUGUUUUAAUCAGAUUCACCCAGUUUGUAAUUUUCAGUAAAACAAUAUAAACUCAGCCAAAUAUUCCAGUGAGAAAAAUUCCAGUCUUUUUGCUGCCAGAGACUGACUGACGCCUGAGCCAUAAGCACAGCCAGUCCUGUAUAGAUCUGAUCCUCUGUGGAUGGCAAAUGAGGGAAAGGCAAUGAACGUUUCACUACAUGUUACUUGUCUUUAAAAAGUGCCUAAGAGUCUUUGGUCUACCAAACCCAAAACUGUUCUAGGUAUUUUCAAUUAGAAAUGUUGUCUUUUUGUAAAUCACAGCCUCAUCUUUCAUCUCUAAAUAAUAAUUGAUAAAUGAUAACGUCUUUAUCAAACCCUGAGCUGAAAGAGGAGGCCUUGAAGACACUAGACUUGUAUUACUGAAUAAUUGAAUAAUUUUUUUCCAAAAAAAAAA